CGCGCUCUUCGAGAAGCGCAAACGCCUCAGCGACUACGCGCUCAUCUUCGGCAUGUUUGGCAUCGUCGUCAUGGUGAUCGAGACCGAGCUCUCCUGGGGGCUCUACUCCAAGGAGUCCAUGUUUUCUCUGGCCCUGAAAUGCCUUAUCAGCCUGUCCACCGUCAUCCUGCUGGGCUUGAUCAUUGCCUACCACACACGGGAAGUGCAGCUCUUCGUGAUCGACAACGGCGCCGAUGACUGGCGGAUAGCAAUGACUUAUGAGCGCAUCCUUUACAUCAGCCUGGAGAUGCUGGUUUGUGCCAUACACCCCAUCCCUGGGGAGUACAAAUUUUUCUGGACAGCACGUCUGGCCUUCUCCUACACACCCUCCCGGGCAGAGGCCGAUGUGGACAUCAUCCUCUCCAUCCCCAUGUUCCUCCGCCUGUACCUGAUUGCCCGGGUCAUGCUGCUGCACAGCAAACUCUUCACUGAUGCCUCGUCACGCAGCAUCGGGGCGCUCAACAAAAUCAACUUCAACACACGCUUUGUCAUGAAGACUCUCAUGACCAUCUGCCCCGGCACCGUGCUGCUGGUCUUCAGCAUCUCCCUGUGGAUCAUCGCCGCUUGGACGGUCCGUGUCUGCGAGAGGUACCACGAUCAGCAGGAUGUGACCAGCAACUUCCUGGGUGCCAUGUGGCUCAUCUCCAUCACGUUCCUCUCCAUUGGCUACGGUGACAUGGUGCCUCACACAUACUGUGGGAAAGGCGUCUGCCUCCUCACCGGCAUCAUGGGGGCUGGCUGCACUGCCCUGGUGGUGGCCGUGGUGGCCAGGAAACUGGAACUCACCAAAGCCGAGAAGCACGUGCACAACUUCAUGAUGGACACUCAGCUGACGAAGCGGAUCAAGAAUGCUGCAGCCAACGUCCUUCGGGAAACGUGGUUUAUCUACAAACACACAAAGCUGCUAAAGAAGAUUGAUCAUGCCAAAGUCAGGAAGCAUCAGAGAAAGUUCCUUCAAGCCAUUCACCAGCUGCGCAGUGUGAAGAUGGAGCAGAGGAAGCUGAGUGACCAGGCCAACACGCUGGUUGACCUUUCCAAGAUGCAGAACGUCAUGUAUGACCUGAUCACAGAGCUCAAUGACCGGAGUGAGGACUUGGAGAAGCAGAUUGGCAGCCUAGAGUCCAAACUGGAGCAGCUCACCACGAGCUUCAACUCUCUUCCCCUGCUCAUCGCCGAAACCCUGCGCCACCAGCAGCAGCAGCUCCUCGCCGCUGUCAUUGAUGCUCGUGGCAUCAGUAUGGCGGGGGGAACCCCCCAGACGCCCCUGUCCGACAGUCCGAUUGGGGUCAGCUCCGCCUCCUUCCCAACCCCUUACACCAGUUCAAGCAGCUGCUAAACUGCAGACUGAGCCCCCCAAGCCCCACGGAGACAGACAAGAAGAGCUACUUGUGGGUCUUCAGAGUCAAGUCAACUUUCUUCCGGCCCUCUGGCUGCCACAGAAACACCCAGGCCAAGCCAAUGCUGAAAGCAUGACCGAACUAACGCCGAGGUUAGCUCAGAGCCCUCGGAGUUCAACAACGCCUUGGAACCAGAAAUCCAGUCUCUGUUUCGGUGCCUCUACAUGCGAUGAGAAGGAAGCGGAUGUGAGGGGAAGCCUCUGGCAAGGCCCUUGCUGCAGUGUUUGGUGGAGGACAGAAAUCCACACUCAAUCUCAGGUCUUCAAAUAGGAAAAAAAAAAAAAAAAGUCCGAAGCACUGAAGCAAUGGAGCUGCAACAGAGGGAGAGUACUCCACAGCGCGGGCUGUGAGCCAUGGGCAAAGGGGCUGCUUAUCUCCAGGGCCUUCCUUCGUUCCCAUUCCUCCCAGCCCUGUUCGUUAAGUGUCUUGCCAAGGAAGAGUGGGGGAGGAGGACAAUUAGUUUGCCAAGACUGCUAUCCCUUUGCCUCCUGCACCUCCCACAGCCCUACCGGGGAACUGCCAAUAUCUCGCCUUCUUGCACAGGCUCUGAGCUCAGAGGCCCAUUUGCCACCCCACCCCCUGCCAAAACACUGCCACAUACACACAUUUCCAGCUAGGGGAGGGUUCUUCAUUUGCUUUAUUCUGAGCCUCUUUAGAGGAGUGAGUCCAUAUUCUGCCUGAAGCCACGUGCUGGAGUGCAGCAUUCAGGUGCUGGGCACGGCAUCUGGGGCAUGCCGGCUUUGCGGGGGUGUUUAUCGCAUUACAGGGCGGUUACAGGGAGAUGAAACACACUGCAAGUCAAUCCAGCGUGGAUUGUUAAAAAUGCACUGCCACUCCAGUGAAGCCAUGCGAGGCACCCGAGUUCCAAGCACCCUGAGUCAGCAGGGCAGCGAGGGUUGCAGAAGCAAUGCAUUCAGCCAAUGGUCAGAGAGGGCUUUGUGAAAUGGAACCAGAUGGUUCCUCCUGGAGCUGCAGCCAGUCCUGUUUGACUGGAGCAAGGGUCACUGCACUGCAGGGCUUUCAAGGGGGCACCCUGCAUUCCUCCUGAAAACCCCCUGAGGAGUAGAAAAAGUUUUGUGGUGGAUCUUGAAUUACCUGCAUCAUCCACACACCAGGGGCCACCAUUUAUAGUCUCAGCAAAUAAUCCAGUACCUCUCCAGUCCAGGUACUCUUUGAAGAGGCUUCAGAACUGAACGGUGAAACACCCAGGGCCAAUUAGAGAGAGGGUCUUAAUGUGUGACAUGAAUUUAAAAAUUCUCCCCCCUGCCUUCAGCUUGUCUGACAACAAUGACAUUCUACUAGCUCAAACAGUGCUUGACCUAACCAUGAGGUUGCUUUAAUGGGAGGUAGUAACCGGGAGAAACAGAAAAGAAUGUUGAUUAGGACACUUCAUCAGUUUAAAACAAAAGACGAAUUCAUUGCAGUGAUUCUGUUGGGUCUUGGUAGAUAGCAGCAGAACCACCCCGGGGUAAAUGAUGCAAUGUGCGGCUUCGCAGGCAGCUAGACCAGUGGUUCUCAAACUUUUGUACUGGUGACCCCUUUCACAUAGCAAGCCUCGGAGUGCCACCCCCUUUAUACAUUAACAACACUUUUUUAGAAAUUUAACACCAUUAUAAAUGCUGAAGGCAAAGCGGUUUUGGGGUGGCGGCUGACAGUUCGCGACCCCCUGAGGGGUCCCGAUUCCCAAUUUGAGAACCCCUGAGCUAGACAGAUAUCCACAGCCUGGGAUGCUGCCCUUUAUGGCCAUCUGCUGGGGGAGCUGCCUUCAACGGCAAUUGUCAGGAGUGGGGAUGGACGCGCGAGUUACCACCACCGCCACUGGCUGUGGGAGAGGACAGUCCAUGAGAGAGAGAUGGCUAAUCUUUGCUGGUUGUCACCUCCCAGCUUCCUCUGGGAACUAAAAUGUUCCCUUCUCCCUCUGACAUUUUCACUUCUUUAAAAACUCUUUGUUCAGCCCCAGCUCCUGCCUUUGUUGUUUUAAUGCCUUGUCUGGUCUUUGUUCAGAGUCCUGGGGGCAGCCGCAAGGCGCUGGCUUUCUUUCUUAGAACUCCGGGAUGGGGUUGGCUGCUCUCAAUGAAAACUCAGCAGAGGAUAUUUAUAUAUUUUUAAACGGAUGAAGUAACCAUGUAAUUACUCUGUGCUGUUAAUUACACAUCACCCAGUGGUGUCUGCUAAUUGUACUGAAAGUCACUCUGUUACUCCAGGCAUACUUAGCCUGGAAACUUCUCCUCUGUAACUCUCUCACUUCUAUAAAGAACACUGGAUUCCAUAGGGACCUAGGCAGGGAUCUAUCAGCAGCAGAGGGGUUUACAUACAAAACUCUCCUUGUUUCUGCUGGUAGGUCAAACCCUACACUGAAACCAUCCCUAGUUGGAGAGAAGAAUAUGCCUUCUUCCCACCCGCUCUAACGCUGGUGGCACAACGGUAUUGCUCUGCUGCAUAUUGUGGCAGAAAUACCAAGGGAGUUCUGCUAAUCAUGCCCUAGUACCACAGAGGUCUGAGUAACCCCGUCGGUAACGCAGGAGCAAAAUGAGCCUCCAUAAACACAAUUGACCGAGGUCAGGAGGGAAAUUAUACACCCUCCGAAGAAGUACUGCAGAGGCAAGGCAGGAUGUUGCACAGCCCCAUGCCAGCAGGAACAAGGGCACCGUGGACACCUUUCCAUCAGCCCCACCCCACUAAUGCGCUUAGUGUGGACAUACGCAAUCGACUGUAUAAAAUCGACCUAAUUUUGUAGUGUAGACAUACCCUCAGAGGGUUUCCUGCGCCAAUAGCCAUGGUACUCCUCACUCAGCACAUCUGUCACCAUCUUGAGAAGCCAGGGCUCGCACACCCCUUUCCAUGGCAGGAGAGGUUUUUGGUUUAUAGCCAAACCAUUGCUUGGCCUGUCACCCUCACCGUCGUAGCCAUCAGGCCUUUCUCCUACUUCAGGAGUGCUUCCAUUUCCACUGCCAUCGUUUGAGCCUUGCUCCCCCCCUUCCCAGCCCUGACUGCAUGGGCAGCAUUCGGAGUGGAGAGACGGCUACGCUAAGAUCACUGCCAGUAUCCCUCCACUCUGGCCAGGAGGAGAUACUCUAGCCACGGUAGCCAUCUGCUCCCCCUUUCAAAUACUGUGUAGGCCAGUGGUUAGGUCACUCGCCUGGGAGUCAGGAGCCCUGAGUGCUAGUCCUGGCUCUGACACAGACUCGCUGUGUGACCUUGGGCAAGUCACUUCCCAUCUCUCUGCCUCCAUUUCCCCUCCGUAAGAUGGUGAGGACAAUGCUUAUCCAUCUUUAUAACGUGAUUUCAGGUCUAGGGACGAGAGAGGCUCUAUAAAUGCUAACUAGCGUUAUAAAAUACACUUGUCUUCAUCUCUGGUGGUUCACAUAGGACGAAACAACAGCAGCUGACACUGAAUCUGUGAUAUAAGUACUAGCAAGAGACAGAAAAAGAGAUCCUCAAGUUUUAGAUCACUAAAGGGAGUAUUGGUUGCAAAGGAUCAGUAUCACCAACAGGAAACUUGUGCCUAAUAAUCAAUGUUGGUAAAUCCUACUGAAUGCCAUGAGACUGGAAAAUGCCAAAUCACUAACAGAUUCAAAGCUUUUGUGAGGAAUGAAGCAUAAGCAGUGAAAGCUUCAAUAUCACACGUAGGGUAUGAGAAUUUUUCUACAGGCAUAACUGUCUAGUGCAGGGUAAUUUCAUUAGGAUUGAUUAUUAUCUUGACAGAAGUUUCUUGCUGGUUUAUAAAGAGAGACAGAUACUCAACUGCACUGCCAGCUGGUAUCUCUGGUGCUGCCCCAAGCAAUGUUCCGUGAUUCAGUUGACUGGUCCAGUACUCCAGUUGUCACCACUGCAGUACCAGGCACUACUGUUCCUCUACCCCACCAAUUUUGCAGUCCCUCAUAUUCAGCACCUUAGACAGCAGUCUGGUUAAUCUAAUCAUCAGUGGCAAGCAUGUUUGACUCUACCUCUGAUACCCGUUUUUACUCCUUUUUGCCUGCUACCAUUGUCCGGGCAUUGGUCAAGUUAGUGAGGAAGUGAAAGCAAUGAUGUUUGCAAUGGCAUUUAAACGAUUCUACAGAGCCAUUGCUGUCAGACAGCCUUUGCUAGUAGAAGGAUAAGCCAGCCACUGAUUAUAUUAAUGAGACAGGCACAUCCGUAGUAAUACAGUAGAACCUCAGAGUUUCCAACACCAGAGUUACAAACUCCCCAGUCAGCCACACAGCUCCUUUGGAACCGGAAGUCUGCAAUCAGGCAGCAGCAGAGCCAAAAAAAGCAAAUACGGCAGCGUGCUGCGUUCAAGGUAAACUCCUAAAAACCGAAAGGGAAAGCGGCAUUUUUCUUCUGCAUCGUGAAGUUUCAAAGCUGUAUUAAGUCAAUGUUCAGUUGUAAACUUCUGAAAGAAGAACCAGAACAUUUUGUUCAGGGUUACGAGCAACCUCCAUGCCCGAGGUGUUCGUAGCUCUGGGGUUCUACAGUAUAGUGUCAGUUCCCACAAUGUCCUAGGCUUGCCCUGAGUAACUCAGGUGAGUUUUCCUAGAUUUACUAAACUGCUUCAACAGGACUCCUUGUAUAAACUAUCCCUGGCAUCUCUCCUAUACUGGAAACACCUAACCUGACCUGGAAUUUCCCUAUGAGUCGCCCAUGGGCAAGUCUUUAACAACCAGUCUCCAUCUCCCAGUGGCAGGGGGAACCUCUGUUUACAUACCUGAGAAAGGCAUUCUGGAACCUGCAGUAAUGGGCCAGGAGAUGACACCCCCUCAAACUGAACCAGAACAAAGGAAGGGAAGAACUGAGGCUGAGGGAGGAAAAGCACAAGAGUAAAACAACGCAUCGUUAUCAUCCCAAAGAGAUGCUGACAUUCUACAGACAAAAAGCAGUGACAAACCACACGCAAAUCAGACUGAACCAGCCAAUGCCCACAUUUUAUGGUAGAUGGAAGGGAAAAAAUAACCAUUCUCUGGCUCAUUCUGAAUCUCAGACAGGACCCACCCAUCUUCAGCUCAUCUCAUUUCCUGGCACAGCCUCCGUUUUGCUCCAAGAACCUCUAUUCUGCACUGUCCACGAGGGAAAAACCACAAAGCAGCAGAAUGCCAGAACCGAUCGAACAUCCUCUUUGCAACUCUCAAAACUGAAGUGUUUAUAUUCAAACUUCGAUGAUGAGCAUCAAUAUGGGUUUGCAUCUUGCCUCUGUACUGCUUGCUUUUUUUUUAAUAAUAGGAGAAAAGCAUAAUAGUUUAUUUUAACUAUGAAAUCUAUUGCUAUAUUAUAAAGGGUAUUGUAACUUUC